CGUCGACCGGUCCCUUAGUUGUAAUGGUGGUUCUGCGGACAUGUUCCAUGCUAUGCUGGUCAUUGCUGUCCUUUUCACUUUGCUCAUCGCCGUCCGGUUCCUUUAUGCCAAUCGAGUCUGCAUCCCAAGAAGUACGCACGUCAGUCUCCUGGUGGUGGCCGGCUCAGGAGGGCACACUACAGAAAUCCUGAGGUUACUUGGUAGUCUUUCCCAGUCCUAUUCUCCUAGGUAUUAUGUUUUGGCUGAUUCAGAUAAGAUGAGUGAAGACAAAAUCUGUUCAUUUGAACAAAAAAGAGCAGAGACUUCCCCGGGUUCUUUCUUCACCCUCAAUCGCAUUCCCAGAAGUCGGGAGGUCCGUCAGUCAUGGAGCUCUUCAGUGCUAACAACCAUCCGUUCCUUCUUAUAUUCGUUUCCUUUGACCUUCAGGCUCAAGCCAGAUGUGGUACUGUGCAAUGGUCCAGGAACAUGCGUCCCCAUCUGCCUAUCUGCUUUUCUCCUGAGGCUGCUAGGAAUAAAGAGAGUGACCAUUGUGUAUGUGGAGAGUGUCUGCCGUGUGGAAAACUUAUCCCUGUCUGGAAAAAUUCUUUACCACUUUUCAGACCAUUUCUUUGUUCAGUGGCCUACUCUGAAAGAAAAAUACCCUAGGUCUCACUAUCUCGGGCGAAUAGUAUGACAACAAACGUAGCUGGGGUUAACACCACCACUGAAUUCCUUAGCAUGGACUCUAUUCUUAGGUUACUCUCCAUUGUACCCAGCUUCAGCAGAAGACUCCUUUCCCUCCCGCUACCUUCAUGGAUGCCAGAAAAAACAGAGACAAAGGAAGACAAGCUUCCAGCUUCAGCUGAGAUUUACCUUCAACAACACCUUUCUUGGUAGCAAAUCUGAAUUGCAAUUUGUAUUGGAUUAUAAAAGCUGUGAGUCACUUGAGAAGCCAAUUUGGGUUGAUAAACAGGACAAAAUUGUAAUAAAGUGCCACACACUUUGAUGGGGGCUGCAUAAAUCCA